CUGGUAACACGACGUCUCAUAGGUAUCGGUGGUGACUGCGACCAUGAUGUUAUUGAAAAACUCGACUCGAAUCGUGCCAAAAUGGGCGAUUACGUGGCGGAGGAGGUUGUUGCCGCCUUUUUCGUUCUCGAAUGAAGCGUACCAGUGGGCUAUCUUGGCUUCUUGGUCAAAGUACGCAAGCGAAGACUCGUCCGAGUGUUGGGUGGCAGCCGGCCGCUCUGACAGCUUGAACACCCCCAUAGUGUUGUGCACUGGAUCGUCUUUGAACCCCAAGUACCCCCCGAACAUGCUCCCCAGGACCCUCGUUUCUACCGCCAUGGUUUUGUCCCCAUUCGUUUGUUUCACAGAGCUGAAGUACCCCUCCCAGUCGGACGCGAGGGCCACGAGGUAUCGCACGGAACUGCCCAUGUACUCGGCACUGUUGAGCACCAGGUCUCGCUUGAGCACCGUGCUCGAUAUGGCAGUGGACGUCAUGGUUCUGCCGAAUAGCUUGUUGGUCGUCUCUUCGUAGCUAUAGUACCCCGCCGCAGACGUAAUGUACAGCGUCUGGCCUUCCAAGGCAGCCAAAGCCCGGGCUGUCACCAACUCGUUCUUGGGCACAACUGGAGUGGCGCGGUACAGAUUAUGUUUGAGUAGCGCGUCUUGGAUCAACUGUAGCGUAAACGUGGCAAUGUACAGCUCAGACAGGACGAUUUCACUGGCCAGGCAAUUCGACACUGUCAUGGAGGAGGGAACCGUCGAAUUCGAGAUCAACACAAACAAGGCGGGGGUUUCCACCAACUGGCCAUCGCUGGUGAAUACACCAGAGCCAAACUGGCGAUUGGAUAUGGAAGCUGCAACCACGGUGGCCCAGUCCUGUUUGGCAAACACUUGACGCAUGGUGUGGUAAAAGAACUCGACAAAACUGAUCAUGGCCACGUUGUUCUGCCAGCCAGAGACCGUCCCGGGCCCCAACACGGUACCCAAAUCCACGUUGGUGAUCGUCGUAGCAGACGUCUGUUUCAUACAGGGGGCGCCCGUCGAGUCCACGCAGACCGCCCCGUGCAAAGUAGCGUCCUCAGCACGGCACACAACCGUGUACGAGUCUUGGGUUCCGUCGGGGUUGUUCCGAACAAUGGUUUCAUGACGGGGGGUGAAUGUCCCCGCGGGAAACUCGGACGAUUGGAACACCAUCGCAUACAAACGCGCAAACGUUUUGUGGUCGGCGGGCGUGAGGACUUGGCCUAAUUCGUCGAUGGAAUAUUCCCCAGAGGUUUCAAAGACUUUGCGAACUUCUGGAUUGGUUAAACUGAUCGUCAGGGCUUCAUUCACCACAGCCCGCACUUCGGGGCCAGUGAAUUUGAGUUUGGCCGAUUUGUCAAAGCCUGUAAACACCUGGGAUGCCGUGGAGGAAUUGUCGUAGUUAAACGUCGGGAGAGGAAACAACAGAAUGUUCCGAAUGGGGACCCCCACGGCCCAAAUGGCUUGCACGAGAACGACCAACGUGACCAAGAGCAUUCGAACUGAGACCGCUCGGCGUUUGGGGGUUCCGGAGUUUGGAGGUUUCGCAUCGCCCUUGGCGCUGAUCGACAUGUGUCGAAUCGGCCCCUUGACGUAACUAGCGGUGUUUUCCAAGGCCUUGAAUUGGCUGUCGUUCAUCGAGUGCAGUUUUUGGACUGUAAAACCACCAUCGCCCACGAUUAAAAGAAGCCCACCAGAGGCACUUUUGAACACUAGCGUUUCGUUGUCAGGGGAGCACGUCCAGCCUUCGAGCACUAGUCCCAUAUACGACCACUCUGUGCCUUGUUGGCUGAAAAUGCAGUGGACAUUUCGGGGAACUUUGGCGAGUUGCAGAGCAUGGGAGAUCGGGUCCUCGUGACGUGGAGGGGUGGCCUUGUCGAAGACGAAGCUGCUCAGCAUCGCCACCAUUCCCGCCACAGCAGACAAUAAGCAUGACAACGCCAAGCUCCAAAUCGAGUUGUCAUAAUCUCUGUCGGUCUUGAUGGUCAGAAUGCGAACGAUGUACACCCCCACAAUGAUCACUGCCCGAACUAAGUUGCUUUGCUGCGUGAACCAGCCAUUCCUGCAGCGUAAUCGAAGCAAGGUCGCUCCCACAUCCAUUCCCAACCGAAUGAACCACGUCAUCCCCAUAGUCACCAAGAUCUCGUCCAAAUAGACGCUGCCGAGAUGGGACGUCUUUGAGUUGGCGAUGUACUCCCUGUCCUGGGGCAGCUGGUAACUGAACAUAAACGGUGCGGUACUGCACGCCAUCAAGGCGCAUUCGCUGAACGAAGUCAUGCCGAACUCUUCAAUGUCUAUACACAGCAGUGUGCGCCAGUCUUCUUGAAGUCCUGUGACUUUAGCCACGUGGAGCACCCGCAGAGCAAACCGCAGAGCCACCACGGCUGCAAAGAUGUUGAGCACAAUCCCCAUACUCCACGCACUGAGCAGCAGAGUUCGGAGGCCUUCGGAAUUGUACUGCGCUCGCGUUUCGUUGAAAUUUUGAAACUCGGACCAGCACCGAGUGGACACAUUCAAGUACCGCGUCUCCAGCACGUCGUAGCAGACGAGCGAGUUCUGGACGUUGCUGACAAUCUCAGCAACGGGGCUGAACUGGGAACUCAGCCGCAGCAACCCCACGGACAACGCCGUGUGGCUCCAGUACACGGGAGGGCCUUCGUACUUGAAGAUCGAGUUAACGCGGGUGUCGUUAAGGUAUUCCUGUCGCACUUGAAUCGAUUGGCCUAGCUCCAAUUCCAUCCGCAGUCGAAUGGACUC